AUGGCACAGCAAGCUAACGAAAGUGUAGACCAGUACGUUAAUCGGUUACGCCAGAGAGCUGAAUUUUGUGACUUUGAAAAUAUUGAGGAACAAAUCAGGGAUCAAAGCAUAGAGAAAUGCGUGUCUAAGCACUUGAGGAGAAAAUUGCUUGAAAGGGGGAGAGACCUAACACUGGCCCAGUUACAGACGUCAUCACGGUCUAUGGAGUCUAGUGAACAUCAGGCUAAGAAAAUAUCUGUUGAAAGUUCUCAGUCAGUAAAUCAAGUAAGACGUGACAGUAAACACACUCAUCAGAGUAACAAUGAUAGGAGGUGUUAUCGUUGUGACAGUGCAGGACACAUUUCUUCUGAUCCUCAUUGUCCAGCUAAAGGAGUCGAGUGUCGGAAAUGUAAAAAGAAUGGACAUUUCGCGAAAUGUUGUCGAUCAAAACAACAAAGUCAGUCAACUUAUAAAGGUCAUAAUUGA